UAAGUAGGGGAGACCUGUACAAAAUCGUAUACCGGGGUAAAACAGUACAGCAUGUCUAUUCUUGUCAAUAAUUCAAACUUCCCGCGCGCAAACUACUCAGUGGCCCCGACCAAUCAGAGCUAUUUGUCAACGAACACUUGUCGCUGCAUGCACGCGCGUUAUCAAAAUAUUAAAAUUUAUUGUUUUUCGGUGUAUUUGAUCUUAUUUUUGUGAAAAUUCAGUCAAUAUUAGUGAAAGUAACGUAUAUAACAGGUCCAGAUAAGAUGCCGCGUAAUUAUAAAAGGACUACUGAUAGACAAGAAUGGGAUCCGGAUAGCAUGAAAAAAGCCGUUCAAGCCGUAUUUGAUGGCACCAUGGGUUACUUGAAAGCUUCCAAAACUUUUGAGGUACCGAAAUCAACAUUACAAGAUCGAGUUAACCGAUUUAGACAGAACAAUGAUUUGGACUGUUCCACACGCAAAGGCUUGGGACGAUUUAAACCGAUUUUUUCGAUCUCACAAGAACAAAGUCUAGUUGAGCAUGUCUUGAUCAUGGAAAGACGAUUAUUUGGUCUCACGUACAAAGAUCUUCGACGCUUAGCGUAUCAAUUCGCAGAAUCAAACAGUAUUGACCAUUGUUUCAAUAAAGAUUAUAAACUAGCGGGAGAAGAUUGGUUAGCUGGAUUCAUGAAGCGACACCCAGAAUUAUCACUGCGUGCUGCCGAGCCGACGUCCGUAGCAAGAGCGAUGGGGUUUAACAUGGUCAGUGUCAACAGAUUUUUUGAUUUGCUAGAGGAAGUUAUAGAUCAACAUAAAUUUUUGCCUACCAACAUUUAUAAUGUGGAUGAAACGGGCCUGACAACGGUACCGAAAAGACAAAGCAGAAUAAUUGCUUUAAAAGGAAGAAAACAGGUUGGUCUGGCUAGUUCCGCAGAAAGAGGACAGCUGACUACUGCUGUCCUUUGUGUGUCGGCUUCUGGAAAUUAUGUUCCUCCGCUGCUAAUAUUUCCACGAGUUCGGAUGAAAGCUGAACUUCUAGAUGGUGCGCCACCUGGGACAGUUUCGGUUUGCCAUCCAAGUGGCUGGAUACAAAGUGAUAUUUUUGUUGAAUGGUUGAAUCACUUCAUAUCAUCAGUAAAGCCCAAAAAAGAAGAUCCUGUCCUGCUUUUACUCGAUGGACACUCGACCCACACAAAAAAUCUCCCACUCAUUGAAAAAGCUAGGGACAAUGGAGUUGUAAUUUUAAGCUUCCCCCCUCAUUGUACCCACAGACUUCAACCACUAGAUGUGAGUAUAAUGGGUCCAUUGAGCGCAUAUUACACCCAAGAAGUAAACUCGUGGCUACGGAAUAAUCCGGGUAGAGUAGUGACACAAUUCCAGCUGGCAAGACUUUUUGGAGCAGCGUACUGUAAAGCAGCUACUAUACAGAACGCCGUGUCUGGCUUUAGUAAAACAGGUAUAUUCCCGACGAACAGGACAGUAUUUGGUGAAGCAGAUUUUGCUGCGGCUGAGACAACGGAAAUACCUUCCACAACACCAUCAACUUCCGCUGAUCCAUAUGUCAACCCGACACCAUCAACUUCUUUUGCGCCAAUCGUUCACUCAUCGAUACCAUCAACAUCUCCACUACUCAUUGAUCCGCCGCCAUUAAGUAACAACACACCGCCAGUUCCUACUACGUUGAAGAAUCAGAACCGUGUAACGAUGUCUCCAGCGGAUAUAAUGCCAGUUCCUAAAAUAAGCGCGGUCCGAAAAAGAGCAACCGAUCACCGAAGAGGAAAAACUGCUAUUAUUACUUCCUCCCCCUAUAAAAAUGAGCUGAUGACCAUCUCACAAACAAAAACUCCUAAGCUUAAUUUGAAUCAACCGCCUAAGACCAAAAAACCAAAACCAAAUAUUAUAAAUGAUAACAUUUGCUUGUAUUGCCUCGAAGAAUACGGUUCAAGCCGCUUGGAUGAAGGUUGGGUCCGCUGUAGGGAGUGUGAAGGUUGGGCUCAUGAAGGCUGUACAGGUUAUGACUCAGCGAAUUUAGAUAAUUUUGUAUGUAUGGGAUGCGUUGCUUCCAGAUAAAUCUGGGGCAGUAUCGUAUAUGGUAUACGGUUUUGUCCAUGUGUCGGGGCAAAACCGUAAUUAGAAGGAGGUUCGUAAUUUUCAUUUUUUUUUGUUUAAUAUUUAGAUUUUUCCAAAUAUGUGCAAGUGAUUAUGUUCCUUAAGAGACUGACUAAUUAUAAUUGUGGAUUAUUAA